UCUGUAAUUAAUGACCUGUACUACAUUGGUAUUCCAGGUGGUUCCAAGAACGCCUCAGGCCAACCUGAGUGACAUGCCUAGGCUUGUGAAUGGAGGGCAAGGAAACCAUUUUCAAGGGACUUCUAAUGGGAUCUGGUCUGUUGCACUGAAGGGGGAAAGAAAAGUUGAUUUGAAGAUCAGCAAAGAAUGGUGCACUUUCCAACUUAAUCGUGAUGCACCUUUUAUUAUUCCCAAGUUUAUUCCUGCAUUUAUGGAAAUUGGUAGAGAAAGGGAGUUGGGAUGGUGUAACCCUCACCUGAACAAGCAUCAAAAGGCUGCUGUCUGGCACAUUUUGCAAGGUUUGGCAAGACCCUCCCCAUAUAUCAUCUUUGGCCCUCCAGGAACAGGAAAAACUGUGACUGUAGUUGAAGCCAUCAUUCAAUUACAUUGUGGUCUUCCCUUCUCCAGGAUCUUAGUGACAACACCAUCCAAUAGCUCUGCAGAUCUCAUAGUCGAACGUCUGGCCAAGAGUGGAGCAUGCCAUCCUGGGGAAAUGGUUCGCCUUAGUGCUUUCCAGCGAGAUCCAGCCCUUAUCUCAUCCAUUGUGAAACCAUUUUCCCGGAGUGCUGAUGAUCUUGCAAGGGUUGUUCGUUCCAGAAUCAUCGUAACUACUUGUGCAUCCUCUGGUCUUCUCUAUAGCCAGGAGAUUAGGAGAGGACAUUUUACACAUGUCAUCAUAGAUGAAGCAGGACAGGCAAUGGAACCAGAAGCCCUAAUUCCUAUUGGAUUGGUCUCACCAGAGAAUGGCCAGAUCAUAUUGGCUGGGGAUCCACUUCAAUUGGGUCCUGUUCUCACUUCAUCUUAUGCCAAGACAUAUGGCCUGGGAUUGUCUCUUCUGGAGCGCCUCUGCGCCCGUGUCCCAUACUCCCGUAAUGAGAUUAGGUUCCAGGACCAUGGGUCGUAUGAUCCCCUGCUUGUGACAAAGCUUGUGAAGAACUAUCGAUCUCAUGAUGCCAUUUUGAACUUUUACUCAAGUGCUUUCUAUGCUGGAGAAUUAGAAGUAGAGGCUGACAGAAAUAUACGAGAAUCUCUCUGUCAUCUUCCAUUCCUCCCUUGUCCUGGAAUUCCAAUAAUUUUCCAUGGAGUUCAUGGAGAGAAUCUCCAAGAAGAAGCUAGCCCAUCCUGGUUCAAUCCUGCUGAAGUUUUUCAAGUUAUCAGAUAUCUUCAGAAGUUGGAUCAAUCUGGAUUAUGUGAGAAUGAUGUGGGAGUGGUGACCCCAUAUCGGAAGCAGGUUGAAAAGAUUCGAAGUUUGAUGAAAAGAUUUGGACUUCCUCCAUACAAGGUGGGAUCUGUGGAAGAAUUUCAAGGUCAGGAAAGGAAGGCAAUCAUCAUCUCCACAGUCCGCAGUUGUGAAGAAUUCCUUCCAUUUGAUCUCUCACACAAUAUGGGCUUCCUCUUCUCCAAAAAGCGUUUUAAUGUUGCUAUAUCACGUGCCAAAGCCCUGUUGAUCGUAAUUGGGGAUCCAUGGCUGUUAUCAACUGACAAUUACUGGAGGCAGCUCUUGGACAAGUGCAUUCACCUUGGUGUCUACUGUGGCUGCACAUUCAACCUCCCAUCCCCCUGAUGUAAUCUCUUAUCUGUAGUAGUUCACUUCCUUAUGCUUAUAUCCUUAUACUUUCAGUAUGGGAAGGGGAUUUGAGAAGAAUAUGUGUUGAGGCACAAUCUAAAUUCAUCAAUGUCGCAGUGGAGCAUUGACCCUCCUGAGGGGAAAAAUUGGGAUUGGUGAGAGUUCUGAUAACACCAUUUGGAAGAUAUCUUCCAAUGGAAGUGACAGUUUCUCAAAAUUGUUGAAAAUUCUAAACCCUAUUCAGCAAUCUCCAUUAAUCCAACUUUCAAUUCCCUUGCAUAAUGAGUGCUGUACAAAUUGAACCAAUUAACUGUGGGAUGUGGAUGUGGUUGGUAUUGUGGGAUUAUUCACUUAAAUGGUAUUGAGGAAUUCCCAGGUUUGCAUUAACAUAAAUUUUUAAUGAAUCCUAUUUGAGAUCAUAGUUCCAUCUGAUCGACAUUCCCCUCUUGAGUGACUUCCUCUUAGCAUCAAUUAUAGUUGAGACAAAUAAAGUGAAGUUCCUGCCCAUUGGA